AUGGCUGGAAGUAUUGUUCCUCCUGCUCAAGUUCUGUUAUCACGGCGUGUCCAGGAGAUGGUACUCCAUGGUGAAGAACCACCACAACCGUACAUGGGUCGAGAUGAUUCAACAUAUGAUGUUUCUGUUCCACCGCCAUAUAUGCCUCCGAUCAUUGACCUCAGCCUCCUCUCACCGGAUUCAUCCACUGCAGAAGAUGAACUUCAGAAACUCAGAUCAGCUCUUUCUUCAUGGGGUUGCAUUCAGGUAAUAGGCCACGGGAUUCCAAAAGCGUCUCUAGACAAGAUUCGACAAGUGACUAGUGAAUUCUUUCAACAGUCUAUAGAAGAGAAGCAAAGGCAUGCUAAACUAGUGGAAGAGUUUGAAGGGUAUGGAGCUGACCCGGUUCCUGCAGAAGGUCAGUCCCUAGACUGGUCUGAUCGUCUUUUUCUUACUGUAUACCCCGAAGAUCAGAGGAAUCUCAAGUUUUGGCCUGAAAAUCCAAAAUCUUUCAGAGAAGUAUUAGAAGGCUAUACUACAGAGAUGAAAAUGCUAACCGAGCUUCUUUCAAAAUCCAUGGCAAAAUCAUUGAAUUUAGUGGAAAAUUGCUUCCUGAAUCAGUUUGGUGAAAAGGAAACUCUACAUGCACGGUUUAAUUACUAUUCACGUUGUCAGAGACCUGACCUCAUUCUUGGCUUGAAAGCCCAUGCAGAUGGAUCAGGGUACACCGUUAUCUUGCAAGACGAUGUUGAAGGCCUGCAAGUCCUAAAAGACAAGAACUGGAUCACAAUUCCCGCAGUUUCAGAUGCCCUUCUAGUCCUAAUGGGAGAUCAAAUGGAGAUAAUGACUAACGGAAUAUUUAAGAGUCCAGUGCAUAGAGUUCUGACUAAAUUAGAUAAGGAGAGGAUUUCUGUGGCUGUCUUCUACACACCUGAACCUAAGAAAGAGAUUGGACCAGAAGAAGGAUUGAUCAAUGAGGAAAGACCACGAAUAUUCAAGAAGGUGAAAGAUUAUGCUGAUGUGCACUGGGAGUACUACCAGAAGGGACAGAGAGCACUUCAUGUAGCAAGUGUUUAGAGCCACGCAUUUCAUUGCAUGAAAAGAGGACACUAGUUGUAGCAAGUAGCAAAAUCUAGAGAUAAACAUAGUAUCAAAACAGUAGUCUGAUAGUCUUUUGUGCUAUGUAUGAAAUUAUGAAUCUGUAUGAUUGUUAACGAAUAAUAUAGACUUGGAAGAUCAUGAACUUUUAUGCA